AUGAACACCAAAUGUCUCCGGGAGAAGAUAGAGAAGAUCAAGCCCCACCUCCUGAAGACAGCCUCAGACACACUUCAGGGGUAUGUUUUUGGAUGCAUGAUCGGCGUGUUUUCGUCGUCCGAAAAGCCGUCUCUCAGGCACGUCCAUGAGUCUGGAAAGUCGUUUGCAAAGGUCAGCAUGAUAUACUCUACAACGGAAUCUGCGCUUCAGCUCUAUGGGUCAAAGAAUGCCCCGCUCAACAGCCUUAUCAGUGGAGCAGUUGCCGGAGGUCUUGGUGUGAACGACAGAUCCAAAAAAUCCAUUUUGACGGGAGCGGCAUCGUUUGGACUAUAUACUGGAAUGUCGAAUAUUUUUUCUGUACAAGGGCAGAAGUGA